UGCAUGAAAAAGAACAGGUCCGAGCAUCCCAGAGGAGGAGGUACUGACAAAGAGACAGAUCUCAUCGCAGAACCCACCCAGAAUGUCCUCAGUUCUGCCCGUUCUCCUGACCCUCGGGGUCCUCCUGAGCGUUUCUUCUCUGGGCGAAUCCCAAAACUUUGAAGAAUUUAAGAAAAAUCAUGUAGUCAACGAUGAAAAUAUCAACUGUACCAACAUCAUAAGGAGAAGACAAAUUAGGCACAAGAACGGAACGUGCAAAGCCGUCAACACUUUCAUCUAUACAGAUUCGAUCGAAAACAUUAAAAGUAUCUGCCCCAAGAGUCCGAAUAGAAGAACCGUCUUAAGUCAAAACAAAUUCAACCUCAUUGAAUGCCGUCUCCAAAGACCAGUGCGCCAAACGUGUCACUACAGAGAGAGACACAAAUAUGACAAAAUAUGUGUGACGUGCGAAAAUUCCAAACCCGUGCACUUUGUUCCUCCAGGAACCUGCCGUGCAGCUGAGAUCAUACCGGGAAGUCCUGAGUACGAGGCCCAAACGCCUCCGGCCUACGGAGAAGAAAUCUUCAGCUGGGAGCCAGCCGAGGCCCAGAGCCUCCUGCGGCGCAGAAGAAUCGGUAGAACUUAGGGGAGAGCGUACAAAGAUAGCUGGAAAGUCAAUGGAGGCUCCAAUAUAACAAACGAGGGUCCCCAUGUUGUAAAAAUGCAUGAAGUUUCGUCUGAAAGCUCAUCCAACCUCACUAACCCACCUUUACCUGUAGUAUAGUUGGAGGGGGUUAAUAUUUGGCCAGAGAGUAUUAAAAAAUUCUUCUAUAAAGACAAAA